AUGCAGAAGGGCGCUGAGGAUAUGUCUGUGAAGAAGCUGUUCAAAAAUAUCCAAACUUUGGAUAUAUCCAUAAUUAAAGAGGGGAAGGCCGAAAUACGUCUUCCCUCAGGAGUAUUCUACAAUAAAGUACAAGAAUUCAACCGUGAUCUCACAAUUGCUGUCAUCAACACAUUUUUUAAAGACGACUCCUCUGAUAAAAUCCCAAAAUUCCCUCGUUUUAAAUCACCAAAAACAAAAUCCACUCCUAACCUUGAAAAUAUUGUUUCUGCCUCUUGUGGUGAUGCCAAGACAUUAAUUUCCUCCAAAAAAGCAAUAUAUGACGUCAUAGAUAUCGAUCCGUAUGGUUCAGCCGUGGAAUUUAUUGAGGUGGCUAUUGAAUCUGUUUCAAGUGGAGGAUUGCUAUGCUUCACGUGCACUGAUUUGGCAGUUCUUUGUGGCAAUCGGCCCGAAGCUUGUUACGCCCGUUACAAUUCAAUGCCAUUGAAUACACCAAGCUGUCACGAAAUGGCAUUACGGAUUGUGAUGCGGUCAAUUGUGUCGGCAGCUGCCAAACAUAGACGACUGGUUACCCCUCUUCUUUCAGUCUAUGUUGAUUUUUAUAUUCGAAUAUUUGUUACUGUCCGUGACUGUGCUGUUAAGGUAUUAUGUUGGCUUUGGAUUUUAGGCUAA